AUGGAAUACGAAAGACUUGCACUGAAAUCUAGAUUUUACUCUAUUGUAACAUCUGUGAAAUUCACCGAGAGAUCCUGGUGCCUUAACGAGCGGUGCCCAACGAGCGGUGCCCCAACGAGCGGUGCCCAACGAGCGAUGCCCGAACGAGCGAUGCCCGAACGAGUGGUGCCCCAACGAGCGAUGCCCAACGAGCGAUGCCCGAACGAGUGGGUGCCCCAACGAGCGGUGCCCGAACGAGCGGUGCCCAACGAGCGGUGCCCAACGAGCGGUGCCCCAACGAGCAGUGCCCCCAAAGUAGCGGUGCCCAAACGAGCGGUGCCCCAACGAGCGGUGCCCCAACGAGCGGUGCCCCCCAAAGAGCGGUGCCCCAACGAGCGGUGCCCCAACGAGCGGUGCCCCAACGAGCGGUGCCCGAACGAGCGGUGCCCAACGAGUGGUGCCCCAACGAGCGGUGCCCGAACGAGUGGUGCCCCAACGAGCGGUGCCCGAACGAGCGGUGCCCCAACGAGCGGUGCCCAACGAGCGAUGCCCGAACGAGCGAUGCCCAACGACGGUGCCACAACGAGCGGUGCCCAACGAGCGGUGCCCCAACGAGCGGUCCCCAACGAGCGGUGCCCCAACGAGCGGUGCCCCAACGAGCGGUGCCCCAACGAGCGGUGCCCAACGAGCGGUGCCCCAACGAGCGGUGCCCGAACGAGCGGUGCCCGAACGAGCGGUGCCCCAACGAGCGGUGCCCGAACGAGCGGUGCCCAACGAGCGGUGCCCCAACGAGCGGUGCCCAACGAGCGGUGCCCGAACGAAACGAUGCCCCAACGAGCGGUGCCCCAACGAGCGGUGCCCCAACGAGCGGUGCCCAACGAGCGGUGCCCGAACGAGCGGUGCCCCAACUCUCGGCGCCACGGACUCAUACGACUCGUCAACUAUAUUACCAGUUUAUAA